AUGGCAACGCGGCACCAAGCAAUUCCAAGGAGUGGUUACCAAGAGGAUGAUGAUAAAGAUGACGAGGAAGACGAUGAUGAGGCCGACAGCGUGGAGUGGAUGAACAUCAUCUUCCUUCCCUUUCAUCCGGUCUUCCGUUUCAUGGUUCUCGUUUCUGUUCUCGUGAGGAUCAAUAUGGCCUACGCACCAACAUCUUCACAUAGCGAUGACGAGAUAGAAGAGUAUUACGAUCUCCUAAACAAAGCUUGCGACGAGCACCGAGGAACAUGGACCAUGGUCCUCGGUGAUUUCAACGCCAAAGUCGGAGUAAGGGCUGAAUUGGAUAACACCGACAUAGUUGGACCACACGGCCUUGAUAAUAUCCCUCCUAUAACCGGUUGUGAAGUCAACGCCGCCCUCAAGGGCAUGAAGUACCAGAAAAGUCCUGGGGAUGACGGUGUCACAACCGAAGCACUUCAUACAGGAAAGAUUACAUUGUUACCGGCCAUACAGCAUUAUCCACUUCAGCUUUGCCUAGAGGAGAUAUUCAAAAAGAUGGCGAUCUCGUGGGAGGGGUUGGGCAUUGUCAUCGGAAAUAAACGGUUAACUAACCUGCGUUUUGCCGACGACAUUGUUCUUUUCUCCCACACUGCAUCUCAACUGCAACUCAUGCUACAAGACCUCAGCACGGCGAGCCUUGAAGUUGGACUCACAAUGAACAGAGCGAAGACCAAGUUGAUGUCCAACAGAGCAAAACAUAGGGACACGGUAGAUGGGCAGGAUAUACAGUAUGUUGAUGAGUACAUCUACUUGGGCCAGAUAGCUUCCUUCGAAAACAGGCAAACCAUAGAAGUCAAUAGACGUAUCGAUAACGCCUGGAAGAGCUUCUGGUCCAUGAAGGCGCUAUUGAAGGGUGACCUUCCCCUGUGUCUCAAGCGCAAACUCAUCGACAUGUGUAUCCUGCCUAUCCUAACCUAUGGUGCUCAGACAUGGUCAUUGACUGAGGCUUUGAAGUCCAAACUCAAGGUUUGCCAGCGAGCGAUGGAGCGCAGUAUACUGGGUGUUCGCAGGACUGAUAGAAUCAGAAACACGGAACUGCGCUCCAGAACUAGAGUUGUAGAUAGAGCUAUAGAGUGCCUGUAUCCGAUACAGUGCAGCGAUGCGAUGGACACGAAUGUUUAUUUGCUCAUCAUUAAGUACCUCUACCAGUACUACUGUGACGCCAUCUAUGGACUAGACACUCUACUUCAUAUUGCUCACAGGUCUGUUCCUUUUUGCCAUCUUUGCACUCGAUCCGCCCCGGCUAGCUUUGCGUGGGUUAACAAAUUGAUGAGGGUUGCGGACAUUUCUAAGCGACGGGAGCACCCUCCGAAGCCUAAACUGUACAUAAUGCUCGAUAUCAUCUCUUUGCUGCCGCUGCAUAGACUUCUGACAUCUCAACUAUGCCCCCCAAUAAGAAUUUGGCCCAAUGUGAUCAAUUUGAUUGACUUCGUCAUAGUCUACAGAAUCAGCGAGUAUUUUUCACUGUCAUCAACGCAUAGUUUCUGGAACUUGGUCAUUGGUUACAGUCUAUUACUUGUGGUGUUCACUAAUGUCAUAUCAUGCGUUUUCAUAUUACUAACUUACCGGGAGCCAUACGGACUCGGCAUUAUCGAUUUACACGAUUGGCGAAAAAAAUUGCUCUAUGAGAUGAAUAAGACGAAUACAGAAUACGCGAGAUAUAUGAGCGCGAUGCUUUUAGUGUUAUCAUAUAGUUUGCGAGAUCUAUCGAGCGACACCAAGCCAAACAACAUCACAACCUACUAUUGUGUGACUUUGUUUAUGUUAAUCACAUUUUCGAUCUAUACGUUCAUCGCUUAUCCCAAGUCAUUUGCCGAAGCGCAGUUUAAACUGCGAAGAAGCUUUGAAUUUUUCCCGCGAGUCCAAAAAAUUGUAGCGGAAACAAAAAGAAAAAGCCACCAUCCUGGAGCGUAUGUUGACGUCAGCAACUUCUAUAACCUAGCGUGGAAAAAACGGGGUGGCAUCACAACAACCCCAGAACUUAUUCUUGAGUUUCCCAGACAUUUACGACUUGACAUAAAGAAGGAUCUGACGUGGCCUAUCUUCCACCACAGUCCCACGUUGAGACGGGUUUCUUUACCUUUCAUUCACUGGCUCUGUGAUCUGACACACCUUGAAUUCAAAUUACCUAAAGAAGUUUUUUUCGCGAGCCCCCACUCCCGCUCUCACAUGUUUUAUCUGAAAUCUGGAAUAGUCCAAUUGAUAUCCGCAGAGGAUGGCACCACUUCUUUACUAUCUGUGUCAGGCGGAACGUUAUUUGGAGACAUCAAUUUCUUUAUACCUCCUCCGGCCACAAAAACUGUAAUCGUCCGCUGCCUGACUCACUGCGAAAUAUAUUUCUUUACUCGGAAUGAUAUUUUAAAAGCUUUGUCCAAAUUCCCGGAAGAUCGUAGAAAAAUUAUGGAGCGUAUAAAGAGUAAAAUACAGCAUGCUAGGACUCUUCAUACUUGCAAGCAGCAUGUUAGGGGGCUGGACAGAGCAGAAGAUGAAGGAGUCGCUUGGAUAAAAAAACGCUGGUGGGAAUUGCAUGGAGCGAUUACAAAAUGGAAAAACGCGACCAAAAAGUCAGAGACAAUAUUCGUGAUACCUCCCGAAGAGGCUGUGUAUCACUGUUCAAAAUAUAUCGGCCAACUAGUCUUGUGUCCUGAUGCACAGUUGCAAAGGCAGUCAAUGUUUGCUAACUGUCAGUUUCCGUGGAUACUCGUGCCCGAUUCCAAUUUCAUAAGAAUUUGGAAUGUAAUUGUUCGUGUCACUGUCGCUCUUGUUUUAAUCCUGUAUCCACCGCAUUUGCCUUUAUCUAAUAAACCGGAGUAUUUUCGUCAUUUCCAAGGGUGGACGAAUAUUGUGUAUAUUGCUGAUGUUUGUUUGUGUUUAUUAACGGCCAUAGAGGAACAAGGCUACCUAUUAUCCAACUUUGCAUCAGUAAUGUUCAAGCGCUGCAAAAGUUUGACAUUCAUUCUUAAUGUUCUGGCAAGUAUUUGGUUGGAGGAUUUCGUAGUUAUUAUAGGAAAACCUGAACUAUACUCAAUCUGUCAGUUCAAUAGGCUGAUUAAAGUUUAUUUAGUAUUUUUCGUGGACGACACGAUUAAGGAUGUGAACAGAGACCCAAGCUUAAGUGUUUAUCCACCUAUGUUCCUUUACUUAUCCUAUCUUUAUAUAAGUGGUUAUUUUGUGCUCUCGCUUACAAAAAUUGAACCGAAGUUACGUAUAACGUACUUUUUUUCCACGUCACUUUGUGGAAAGAAACCCGUAUGUGACCCAUCACCUUUUCAAAUGUUUGCCGCUUGUUUGACGUGGACCUUUCGGGAUUUGUAUGUUAAGUCAUGGCCUUUUACGCUUGAAGAACUAGGUAUCAGAGUACUUACCGAUUACCUGAGUUUGAUAAUAGCAACAUACUGCGCCGGCCGUUUGAUAGCUGUAAAUUAUUUAAGGAACAUAACCACUUCGAAUUACUUGUUCUUCGCAAUACACUUGAAGCAAAAAUUUCAACGCCAGAAUAUUCAUCCUGAGCUGUGGAAUCGCCUGGAAAAGUACGUGGAAUGUCACUGGAGGCACAACAGGAAUUUAGACAUUUCUGAUACAAGCCUGCUCCGACAUGAACCUUAUGAUAUAUACUGGAAGGCGCAUGGUGAGAUCGCUGCAAAAAUCAUCAUGAUGUGUAAGGCUUUUGUUGGGGCUAAUCCAUCUCUCAUCAAGGAACUCGCACAUAUAGCCAGAUUUACAAUUUUACCGAAAAACUCAACAAUAUUGUUAACUGGUGCGACGGUAAAGGACGUGUGCUGGCUUGUUAAUGUAAAUAUUUUGCUUUUUAUGUUCACAAAAUACUGGAUGGCAGUGCGCGCUUUCCUCGUCGCUGCAAACAUCAUUGGUGCUGCUCUACAGGUCCUCGAAAGGGUGGACACAUUUAAAUAUCUAGGCCACAUCGUUACGGCAGACCUCAAAGACGAUAAAGACAUAGAGCGAGAACGGAGGGCUCUGUCGGUCCGCGCGAAUAUGAUUGCUCACAAGUUUGCGCGCUGUACCAGGGAGGUGAAAGUGACUCUAUUUAGAGCUUACUGCACCUCACUGUAUUCGUGCAGUUUGUGGCUCUCAUAUACGAAGCGGGCCUACGAAGCCCUCCGCGUCCAGUAUAAUAAUGCGUUCCGGGUGAUGAUGGGGCUGCCGCGCUUCUGUAGCGCAUCAGGGAUGUUCGCCGAAGCCAGGGUGGAUUGCUUCUAUGCCACAAUCCGCAAGAGGGCCGCAUCUCUGGUGCGCCGGACUCGCGCCAGCCCCAACAUCAUCAUGAAGAUGAUAGGGGACAGGCUGGACUCCCCUUAUUUGCUGCGUUGCAGUCGGCUACAUUCGCCUUAUUAUGAUGAGAGAGGUCUUCUAAUCUACUCUAAAUGGAAAUGCUUAUGCCACUACUCCACACGUGGUCUAUUCCUCGAUAUUAUUGCCCUAGUCCCCUGGUAUAUGUUGCCAGCGGUGUUACCCGUAAUUAUAGCACAGGAUACGGCACUGCUCAUCUAUGCUGUGAGCAAAUAUGCGCGUUUGCAUCUGUUUAUGGGCUAUUUUAAUUAUUUGGCUGAUACUCCUUUUGCGAAUGUUGUUGCACUGUUGUUGAUAAAAUGGCAAUGUUUCCCUAUAUUACUGAUGUUCUCAAUUAGCCAUUACCUGAUAGUAGAAUGCGUCACGCAUGAUUGGGAUGGUAAUUUUGCUUUGAUCAAUAUAACGAAACGGCCUGGCUGUUGGCUACCGAAAUUUAUAGAAUUUGACGAGGAGCCUUCACCCGAACAAAUGGAUUUGCUGAUUGGACAGAGCUACAGCGUGGCCCAGUGUGCGUUCCUCCGCAUCUCUUAUGGAUUAUUUAAUGUCAAAGAGACCGAUAUGCUUUUGGGCGUCGUGUUGUAUUCUCUCACAGUCGUUUAUUGGUGUGUUUUGUGCUACUCCCUGGCGAUAUUGAUGCUGAGCCGGCGGAGUAGCACCCUCUUCCAACACGCGUUCUGCUCUUUACACAAGUUUCUCAACGCCGAGCGGCUGGACGCAAAUCUGAUCAAGAGGUCUUUGAGUCAUUUCAGCUAUUGGUGGAUAAGAACUAAUGGCGUCAAUAUAUACGAAAUCUUCAUACAUAAGCGUGUCAGUUCCAUGUUCAGACAGGAUAUCAUUCACUUUUUUCACAAACAAACCUUCGCCGGUGUCGACACGUUACUAAAAGGAGGCGAGCAAAUGAUGAAAAGGCUCUCCUGCGUUUAUUUUCAACUACACCUGCUGCCCCGGUGCCCAGUUAUGAGGGAGAUGGACCUGAACCCUUGGGUCUUCAUAGUGCAUAGGGGCGCAGUUGUCAUAACUCACGAAGGGAAGACUUUGGCUACUCUUAAGAAGGGCUCAAUAUUUGGGCAGCUAGAAGGCACGGAGCACCGGCCCGUGCGGGUGUCGGCCCACACCGCCACGUACACCGAUAUUCUGAGGAUACCUGUCACUGCCUUCCAGGAAAAUAUUGACGACAAGACUCGUUUCGCCAUACACCGGCACCCCACAGCAGCCAUGGAUUACAUGCAAGUGAAGGAUCCGCCUAAAGAGAACCCAUACUUCUCGAUCAAGUACUUGCUCAGAGGCGGCAAGACCAUUCAACUACCCUGGAUGAGAGAGCCGGUGAAAGCGCACUUAACCCGAAAAUACGCCUGCUGGCUGGCCAUGGUCUGGUUCGUGGGGCCCUACCUCUCUUCUGCCAUCGUCUUGAUCUUGAACACGCUGCCGUUGGAGACGAUACAUAUACUGAUUGUGGUGUUGAUUCUUCUUGAUAUUUUACACCUUGCGCAUUUUGUGUCGGAGUUUUAUACGAUGGAACUAGUUAUAAUAAACGACGAGUGUGUAUAUCGACAAGUGAAACUCGGAAGAUUCAAGAAAGUGCAAACGUACAUCGACAUCAUUUCUCUUGUUCUGCCGAUGAUGACUUUGUUUACUGACAACUGGGGCUAUCAGCUGGCGAGACUUCUUCGUCUUCGAUUCAUUUACAAUUUUUAUAAACAUUUCUGUCAGGAUUUUAAGAGUCAAAAUUAUUCCAACUUGGUUGACUUUGCAAUAAUUAGUUUGACCGUCGAAGCAAUGGUUUGUGGGUGGGUCGUGAUUGCCUGCAGACCAUCUGUAUUGGACAACUCUUAUUAUAUACCAAAACCUGUGGAAACUCUAGAUCAGUAUAAGAGGUAUUACAACGAAUGGAUAGACCCUGAUAUCAGAGAAGAAGGUUGUAAAACAGUAGUGUUCAUUAAGAAAAGUAAAUUCUCCGGUAACCACAGUUUCCUAGUGCCGAUGAGGUGGCAGGACGAUUACGCGAUUGCCCUGGGUUUCAUCAUGAGUCUCAUCACCAGAACUAACUCUGGCAAUUAUGCCUCCAUCAGUCUUCAAGAAAUGUACUACGAAUGUUUCGUAUGCUACGUAUGUCACCUCGUGUGUAUAUGGGUAGGCAGCUCAGCGUUCAGAGCGCUGUACUUGAGGUACAGGGAACUGCUGAACUUCGAUUAUAAUGCGGCUAAUCUGUUCAGCUACUUGAAACAUAGCGGUUUGAAUCUUUCACUGUUGGAGCGCGUGAAAGGGUAUACCUCUCUUCUUUGGCAGAGGCAAAGAGGUAACUGGAUGCCCGAAUUGGUGGUGGAAGCUCCGCUGUGCCUCAGAGAGGACCUAUACAUGGCGUUGUACGCUUAUCAUUUGCAGGAUAUCCCUCUGUUCAGGUCGCAGCCAGCUUAUUUUACUAGGCAGUUAGCUACAAGGCUGCAUAGGGUCGUUAUCCGUUCAGGCAGGGUGCUGCUGCAGGAGGGAGAUGUUUUCGCCUGCAUCUACUUUAUACACGAGGGCGAAGUCGAGAAAUGGUCUACAGACGCAGCAAGCGGAGAAAGGAAGCUGGUAUCAGUACUGACAACUAAUGGAUUCUUCGGAUUGGUGCCUGGCCUGUUCCCGGACACGCCCGUACAGUUCACUUUCGUCACAAGAACGAUAGUGGAUAUGGUGUUCCUCCGGAACAGAGACUGGCGGGAUCUGCUGGAAGGGUACCCGGACAUAAAACGCGACCUCUACACCGCGGCCAAGCACUUAAAGAAGGCUCCGGAAAACCAUAAAUAG